GUGAUAACUUUUCUCCUUCCGCGUUCACCUGAAGAUCGCUAAGACAGAAAUGGCUGCUUCUCGGUGAAGCAAACUGGAGGUUAAGAUGCUUGUUUUCGUUAUGAAAGCAGAGAAAGAGGAAGUAAAGAGAUAGUUAAAGCAACUUCAUAUUUAAAUAAGAAGGAGGGGGUGGGUGGGAAAGUCUGCGGUUUGGGAAGUUGUGUUCCUCCGCUGCACAAAAAUGGGGUGCUGUAGCAGCUCGGAGAGCAAAAGUGACUGGCUGGUAAACGGAAAAGAACUGCCGAAGGAUCGCAGAUGCACCGACAUACCAUGGCUCAUCAUAUUCAUGUUGUUCUGUCUCGGCAUGGUUUUUAUUUGCGGCUUUGCCGUGGCCACAGGGGGCGCCUCCAGACUUCUCACAGGAUACGACAGCUACGGAAACUCUUGUGGCCGCAACAACAGCAAGAUCGAAGGGGUUCCUCUCAGCGGCCGGGACAUGAGUCAAAACAAAUAUGUUUUCUUUUUGGAUCCCUGCAACCUUGAUUUGUUGAACAGGAAGAUCAAAUCCAUCGCACUUUGCGUUUCCAAAUGUCCAGAUAUGGAACUUAAGACGUACGGGGCUGUCAAGGCAUUCGCUCUGCAAAACGGAUCUGAUCUCUGCUCAUAUGAAAUCACUCCCACAAGAUAUGAAAGUCAUGGCGAUAGAUUUACCAAAUGUCCAAAACUUCCUGUUCAACCAAGCAAACCCCUCCCGGUGUUCCGCCGCUGUGUUCCCAUGGAGAUCGGCUGCUACGCGGAGUUUUUUCAGGGUUUCAUCACGUUUGUCAGCGACAACACCGUGCUGCGGCGGGUCCUAGCCGGGGUGGUGACUAGCAAGGAGGUCAUCAUAGGUCUUUGUCUGCUGGCUUUAGUUCUAUCCCUGAUCAUGAUGGCCGUCAUCCGAUACAUAACCAAACUGUUGGUGUACAUCCUCACCUGCCUGGUAAUUGUCGGUUCCACAGGCGGGGUUGCGGUUUUGUGGUGGCUGUACGCUGACCACAAGAAGGCGCUGGACAACAACUCGACCUCGGCGAUUGGGAAAGAGGUCACCUCGGACAACGUUAAGGCUUUACUUGUGUAUGCGAUCAUUGCUACUGUGUUCACGGUAAUCCUGCUGCUGGUGAUUUUCUUCAUGAGGAAGCGCGUGGCUCUUACCAUCUCCCUUUUCCACGUGGCGGGAAAAGUGUUCAUCCAUCUCCCAAUGCUUGUCCUGCAGCCUUUCUUGACCUUCCUAUCCCUCAUGCUCUUCUGGGUUUACUGGAUAUCUGUGCUGCUCUUCCUGGGGACCUCAGGGACGCCAGUGAAGAACAACUCCACCGGAUUUGUGGAGUACCGGAUGGAAGGGCCUCUUCAAUACACCGUGUGGUACCAUGUUGUCGGCCUCAUCUGGAUCAGCGAGUUCAUUCUUGCUUUCCAGCAGAUGACCACCGCUCUAGCUGUGGCCAGCUACUAUUUUACCAGAGACAAGUCCACAAUGACAUCAACACCCAUCCUCUCAGCCAUGUUGCAGACCAUUCGCUACCACCUGGGCACUAUCGCUAAGGGCUCCUUCAUCAUCACGCUUGUUAAGAUCCCUCGUCUCAUCCUGACGUACAUCAGCAGCCAGCUCAAGGGGAAAGAAAACGCCUGUGCUCGCUGCAUGCUGAAAGCAUGCAUCUGCUGCCUGUGGUGUCUUGAAAAAUGUUUGGCAUACUUGAAUCAAAAUGCUUAUACUGCAACAGCCAUCAAAAGCACCAAUUUCUGCACCUCAGCCAGUGAAGCUUUCAUUCUCCUGGUGGAGAAUGCUCUCCGAGUGGCAACCAUUAACACCGUGGGGGACUUUGUGCUGUUCAUGGGAAAGAUCCUCAUAGUCGCCACCACAGCGUUUUCAGGCAUUCUGGCUCUUAACUACCAGAGGGAGUACACAGUUUGGGUGCUGCCUCUCCUGAUUGUCUGCGUGUUUGCCUUCCUGGUGGCGCACUGCUUCCUCUCUGUGUACGAGAAUGUGGUUGACGUCCUGUUUCUCUGCUUCGCCGUGGACUGCAAGUAUCGCGAUGGCUCUCCUGGGAAGGAGUACUUCAUGGAUAAGUCUUUAAUGGAAUUUGUUGAGAACAACAGAAAAGGGGGCCUAAACAAAGAAAGGGGAGACGAAAAGGAAAUGAAGCCCAUGACUCGUGGAGGGACUUUAGCAUGACCUCAUUCCUAACAGACUGGCAAAAAAAAAGGUCACAGUAACACUAGUUAAUCUAAAUUGAACACAGAUAAUACUGAGUUCCUUUUCUGUGCAAACACCUUUUUAAAGAUUUGUUUUUUAAAUCUGAUACUAAUAUGUGGUUGCUUUUAUAGUUUUUUCAUUAAAAAUGUUGAUGUUUUUUUUUUUAGUCAAUUUUAAUAUUUUUUCAUCUUAAAAAACCUCCCACUUUAAGUGUCUUUUUAAGAAUUUGUACAAUUUAUCAUGUUUAUAUGGACUGCUGCGUGUAUUUUACCUAAAUUUUGAGGUUGUGUGUAUUUUAAAACUAGUAACUACCCAACUACAUUUGUUUCCUUUUUUAAUAUUUUUUUUACAUUUGAGAUUUUUGUAUAUUAAAAAAAGUUGUUGUUUCCUCAACAUGAAUAAAACCAUGUGCUCACAAAA